CGUCAGCGCCGAAUGUCAACAAUGUAGCGAUUGAGAGUGUGGGCGUUCCGGGGAGAGCGCGAGCGGUGCGGCGCGGAGCAAACAGCGCCGAGCCGCCGCCGCCUCAUCAGCAGCAGCAGCGACCGUGCACACCCGGGCUGCGGUCGCAGCAGCGCUAACGUGAGCACCCGCCGCCGCCCUCGCCACCCCGCUUGCCUACUCCCGCUGCCGCCCGGCUCUCGCUUUCCCUCCGGCCUCCCUUCGACCCUUCCCCUCCCCCUACUCGGCACACUCGGGGGGCUGGGAACGAGCUGCCAUGUGAUGCGCGUCCUCUCGGUGAGCUUUUGGUGACCCCCGAACCGCCCACCGCGCCGGCUCCCUGGAGGGGGCUGCAGGCUGGGAAGACGUUGGGAAGAGGAGGCGGAAAAGGACGCAAAGUUCUCUGGCGAGUGCAGCUAUCUGCUUCAGGAAGUGAAGUCUACAGUAACGAGGAGAAUCUUUAAGAGCUGCCUCACACUGUGACAUGUCUGAGCCCUUGCUCCGGUCCCUGCAGCAUGAACAAGGUGGACACUCACUGACCUGUCACAAGGUUACCCUGCAAAGCUUUGGGGUCCAUGUCUGAAUGGAUUGCUGUAGCCUUCUCAUCUCUCCCUUCGCCCAGUUCCCUGCAUCCUAAGACUCGAAGCCAGCACAGAGCCUGGAAAAAUUACAUGGUGUGAACGGCAUGUCUGUGGAUGAGAAGCCUGACUCCCCCAUGUAUGUGUAUGAGUCCACAGUCCACUGCACCAACAUCCUCCUGGGCCUCAAUGACCAGCGGAAAAAGGAUAUUCUCUGUGACGUGACUCUGAUCGUGGAAAGGAAGGAGUUCCGGGCCCACCGGGCUGUGCUGGCCGCGUGCAGUGAAUACUUCUGGCAGGCGCUGGUUGGACAAACGAAAAAUGACUUGGUGGUCAGCUUGCCCGAGGAGGUCACGGCCAGGGGCUUUGGGCCUCUGCUACAGUUUGCCUACACCGCCAAGCUAUUACUCAGCAGAGAAAACAUCCGCGAGGUCAUCCGCUGUGCUGAGUUCCUGCGCAUGCAUAACCUGGAGGACUCCUGCUUCAGCUUCCUGCAGACGCAGCUCCUGAACAGUGAGGAUGGCCUGUUCGUGUGCCGGAAGGACGCUGCGUGCCCGCGCCCGCACGAGGACCGCGAGAACUCCGCGGGAGAGGAGGAGGAGGAAGAGGAGGAGACGAUGGACUCCGAGACCGCCAAGAUGGCGUGCCCCCGGGACCAGAUGCUUCCAGAGCCCAUCAGCUUUGAGGCCGCCACCAUCCCCGUAGCCGAGAAGGAGGAAGCGCUGCUGCCCGAGUCCGACGUGCCGGCCGACAGCAAGGAGAGCUCCGAGAAGGACGCGUUGACGCAGUACCCCAGAUACAAGAAGUACCAGCUUGCAUGUACCAAGAAUGUCUAUAACGCAUCGUCACACAGUACCUCAGGUUUUGCAAGCACAUUCAGUGAAGAGAACUCUAGCAACAGCCUCAAGCCGGGGCUUGCCGUGGGGCAGAUUAAAAGUGAGCCGCCCAGUGAAGAGAACGAGGAAGAGAGCAUCACGCUCUGCCUGUCCGGGGAUGAGCCUGACAGCAAGGACAGAGCCGGGGACCUCGAAAUGGACCGGAAAGAGCCCAGCCCCGCCCCCGGCCCCGCCCCCGCCGCCGGGGCCACCUGCCUGGAGAGAUCCAGGAGCGUGUCCUCCCCCUCCUGUUUAAGGUCUCUGUUCAGCAUAAAAAAUAGUGUGGAGUUGUCUGGCUUGCCCAGUACCUCUCAGCAGCACUUUGCCAGGAGUUCGGCGUGCCCUUUUGACAAGGGGAUCACUCAGGGUGACCUUAAAACUGACUAUGCCCCUUUCCCGGGGAAUUACGGACAGCCUCACCUGGGCCAGAAGGACGUGUCCAACUUCACCAUGGGGUCGCCCCUCAAGGGGCCUGGGUUGGAGGCUCUCUGUAAACAGGAAGGAGAGCUGGACCGGAGAAGUGUGAUCUUCUCCUCGAGCGCUUGUGACCAAGUGAGCACUGCGGUGCAUUCGUAUUCUGGGGUAAGCAGUUUGGACAAAGACCUCUCCGAGCCGGUGCCAAAGGGUCUGUGGGUGGGGGCUGGCCAGUCCCUCCCCAGCUCACAGGCCUACUCCCACGGUGGGCUGAUGGCUGACCAUUUGCCAGGAAGGAUACGGCCCAACACUAGCUGCCCGGUGCCAAUCAAAGUCUGCCCUCGCUCGCCCCCCUUGGAGACCAGGACCAGGACUUCCAGCUCAUGCUCCUCCUAUUCCUACGCAGAGGACGGGAGCGGGGGCUCGCCCUGCAGCCUCCCUCUCUGCGAGUUCUCCUCCUCGCCCUGUUCCCAGGGAGCCAGAUUCCUAGCCACAGAACAUCAGGAACCAGGCCUGAUGGGAGAUGGAAUGUACAACCAAGUCCGACCCCAAAUUAAAUGUGAGCAGUCUUAUGGAACCAACUCCAGCGACGAAUCCGGAUCGUUCUCGGAAGCAGACAGUGAGUCGUGUCCCGUGCAGGACAGGGGCCAGGAGGUCAAACUUCCGUUUCCUGUAGAUCAAAUCACAGAUCUUCCGAGGAACGAUUUCCAGAUGAUGAUUAAGAUGCACAAGCUAACCUCAGAACAGUUAGAGUUCAUUCACGACGUCCGGCGGCGCAGCAAGAACCGCAUCGCAGCCCAGCGCUGCCGCAAGAGGAAACUGGACUGUAUUCAGAAUUUAGAAUGUGAAAUCCGCAAAUUGGUGUGUGAGAAAGAGAAGCUGUUGUCAGAGAGGAACCAACUGAAAGCCUGCAUGGGGGAGCUGCUGGACAACUUCUCCUGCCUUUCCCAAGAAGUCUGCCGCGACAUCCAGAGCCCUGAGCAGAUCCAGGCCCUGCACCGGUACUGCCCCGUCCUCAGACCCAUGGGCCUCCCUACAUCCUCCAGUAUUAACCCCGCACCCCUGGGCGUCGAGCAGAACCUGGCCGCCUCGCAGUGCGCGGUGGGGGAAGGUGCGCCCUGCUGCUUGGAGCCGGCGGCCGCUCCUCCCGGGCCUCCCUGGGCCCCCGGCGGCGCCCCGGAGAACUGUACUUCCAGGAGGCCCGAGGGUGCUGAGCCAGGAACCUUCUCAGAGAGGGCGCCUGCUCUGGAAUCCAGGAGCCAGACGGUGACCGUGGACUUCUGCCAGGAGAUGACUGAUAAGUGUACGACCGAUGAGCAGCCCAGGAAAGAGUACACCUAGUGACCCGGCCCACCUCCCAGCCUUCCCACCUCGCCCACCUGGGUGUUCUACGGUCAGCCUGCGGUGCUCUUCAUCUGUUGUCUGGAAGAACCAAGAAGGAAUUUGGUGCACACUACAGCGUUCUUAGCAGCAAUACUGUUUCUAAGUAUUCCCUCCUCUCUUCACGCGGGAGUGAUACACAGUUCCCUUCACAAUGGUGCUACCCCUUGCCCAGGCAAGGAAAGACGGCGGUGGUGACACUGCCUGUCUGUGGGUUAAUUUCAGUCUCAACAGGGAUAGACUAUAACACCUCUAGGACCCAACCACGGAUUUUUUUUCUCAGUGGCCCAUGUCACAAACCCUAUCUCAGGAAUUUCUUCUGAAUGUUCAAUUUUUUUCAUUGAAGACAGCUUCUAUACACAUCAAAGUUUUAUAGCUAGACUGUACAUAUUAUAUAUAAUAUAUAUAUAAAAUAUAUAUAUAUAUCCAUAUGCAAAAGUCCUGCAUGCCUCAGUUUUCUCAUCCUAAAACUGGAAACUUCAUUUCUCAUUUAUCAACAGGUUCCAACAUUCCUCUUCUUUUGUCUCCAGUGCUAGAACUAGUUUGGUAACUGUUAACAUGGUCAUUUUUCUUGCUUCACAGUUCAAUUUCAAUUUGUACUUAUUUAUGGAACAGAAUUCAAUGUUGGAAGCUUUUUUUUUUUUUCCAAGGUUUUAUUUCCGACCCUUUUUCUGUUGUUUGGUUUGCUUUGGGCACCGUCGGCCGGUGUCAUCUGAGUGUCGUGGUUUGUUUUGUUGUUGUUUUUUUUUUCUUGCAGAUACUGUACAGUCAUGGUCAACUUCGCCACUUGCACUGAGUUUUGGGUCAAACCUAUUUUCUUAAAUGAAGUUGUUAUUACUUCAGUAUAACUCAAGUAUACUGUAUAUUCUUUGCUUUUAGUUGAAAAGUAAGACAUUUUAGCUAAUUAAAAAGCACUCAGGUGAUAAUUAUGUAGGAAAAAUAAUCUUGCCAAAUAAUGAAUUCAUCCUAGGAUGUGUAGACAAUAAUCUGCUUGAAUAUUUUUAUAUUUCACCUCCUCCCCACCUUUCCCGGAAGCAAAGUUUAGAUGCAGAGAGUUCAGAGUUGAUGCUGAAUGUUCAGACUCCUAAGUGGGGAGAGAGUUUGGACGUCCACUUGAAAGUGCAUCCAAACAGCAGGAACCCAUGAUUUUGUACCAGAACUCAGCAGGCAUUGGCUCCUAAAAAUCAACUUAGAACUAUUUUCUCACCCAGCGGGCGAGUCCCAUUCAUUUCAACCCAUCCUUGGGCCUCUGCCUGCUCUUGGAAGGGCAGCGCAGGAGGAACUUCUUGGAAGGAUUUGGCUGAUCAGCCACCCCACUCCCGCCGCACCCCCCUUCCCCUGCCCAGCCCCCUUGCCCAGCUGGGUUCCCAGGACCUCUCCCUUGAGUGGGUUUGAAUCACAGCAGCUGGUGUUCUGCGUGGAAGCAGCGUCCUGGGUUAAUGCAGCUCACCCAGACUAGGAGAGAGUGGGGGCACAUGUGAGCCUGGGCUCUGUCCCUGACACAAGUGAAAGCAUUUCUUUCUCCCUCCCUUCUCCACAUGCUUUGAGUUGAAUUCUGGGGUUUUUCUGCUCGUCUCUUGUCUGAAGGCAGAUUUCAUUCUGAGGCUUUGGACACGAUAUGGCGAAGGAGCCCUCCCUGCCCUGCCCCUUCCCCCACCACACACACACACACACAC